UGGCCGGCGCACUCCCGAUUGCCGAGCUAUGGUUUGUCUCGCACUGACAUCAUAGCGGAUUACAAUGUCACAUAUUUUGGAUGCACCACGAAACACCGAUUGUACAACCCGUGAGAGAAUCUUCGUUUUUAUUUGUGUUAUUUUAAUCAGAAAUUGAAAUAUUUUUCGCAUGACAAUAGUUGGGGAAAGGAACGAUGCAUUCAAGCAGGUCCGCGUGAGGGAAAGACAGAGAGAAAGGCUCAGGCCAGGUAUGCUGCGGCGUCGGAGCGCAUCUGACUCUCGCGGCGUGCUCUUUUCAUCUGGAGAGACCUCCGACAACGACUGUGAGAUGGGGGCGAGUUGUGGAGAGGUCGGCGUAGUGUGUUUGUGUGGUACUGGCCCCUGCCCACUGUCCUCUGAAGCACGUACAUCAACGCCAGACGCACUGAAAUGCGAACACUGUGUUAACAACCGAGUGAUGAUUACGAGGUACUCGGAGGGAUACGGCACAGAGGAGGAGUGUGUUCUGUCGGACCCUCAGGGAGACAGCGACGCGGACGCUGACAUCGAGGACACGGACUGCAGACUGCACGAGCCGGGUUCUCUCCAGCGUAUCAGCUCGCGGAGACGUAAGCGGCAGCGAAUAGCACGACAGGACACCACGGAGAGUGAGGACGACGGCGGGAGGAGUCACAGAAGUCACCGCUGGAACCUCAGACUCAGUCCCCACCGGGCCCACAACAGAACCAUUCUGGAGGAGAGUAUAUCACAGGUCAGACCUCUGGUUAUCUGUCGGCCCAGUGUCGGAGACGGUCUGGGGCCUCCAGUGGAAGAGCCCAGAACUUUCCACAAAUGGCUUCUGUCCCUGUGGCCCUCGUCCCUCUCGCUGCCCGUCAUGCUCCUCCUCUUCCUCCCCCUGUCUGUCUCCUUAGUCAUCUUCAUCAUGUCUUUCUUGCUGCCUCGGGCCAGUACCUGACCGCACGUCUCGGUAACGUGUUUAUUGAGUCUUUUUAUUAUUCACAAAUCACCUCUUAUCACACCACGGUUUCCAUUGUUUGUGCGUUAGAGUGUGAACGAAUCUUCUUAGACCGUUAGGCUGAAGGCAUGUUAUACAUGUACAUUUAAAUUUGGUCAAAUAUAUGACAUUUAAAUACCUUAACUGUACAGGACCAAAAAAACGAUACAAUACAAUAUUUCCCCUAAUAAGGGAAGUAACAAUAUUUGUCUUCAGCAUGGGUGUCAACACAUGUAUUUAACCAGAUUGUUUUAAACAUAACCCUUUUUCCCCAUAACAGGCAGCUUGAAAUUUUCAGAUCUCUCUUGUCUUUGACUAUCUCUCUCAAUCUAUCUAUUUCAGAAUAGGAAUUAAAAUGAUUAAUCGCUAAGUACAUUUAUACUAUGGUGCAGUGCUUGACCUGGCCCGUAACGGUCUGGAAUGAUGCUGCGGUACUUUUAAUUAUAGGCACACAGCGUUCCGGUUCCUUUUUUAGGCAAGCCUUAUGAACACACACAAUUUGAUGAACGUAGUCUAGUGUGUGAUUUGUCAGUCCCUGCACAUAUUCCAUCCCAAGUCAAGCGCUGCAAUGGUGUUUUGGUGGCACACAACGUGAAGCCAGAACGUCCUUUUCCUCUCCCCGUCUUUCUCCAUCAUUUCCAAAAAUAGACCUCUUGCAUAUAGCUGCUUAUGCUCAGGAUGGUUUGAGGGCGGCAAGGGUUUUAAGGUCACAUUUUGUAGGCUCAACAUAAGACAUUUAAAAAAAAAAA